AUGCCCAAGAAGAGGACUGCCUCACCUCCGCGCUCGCCCGUCGCCAAGCGCAAGCGUACUGUCAAGGCGCCCUCCACUGCUCCAAAGGCCACCGCUCCCAAGAAAGCCACAGCUUCCAAGGCCACUGCUUCCAAGGCCAUUGCUCCGAAAGCCACCGCGAAGACCACCGCUCCCAAGAAGGCCACCGCUACCAAGAACACCGCUUCCAAGGCCAACACUCCAAAGGUGACCGAUCCAAAAGUCACAACUGCCAACGAGGAAUACAAACCGAAGCCGCCAACCAGGGUGAAGGUCUCUGAGCUCCAAAUGCCUCGAUGGGAGCCGAGGAUGAUCUACUCGGGAGAAGAGCAGGUCUGUGAGUGUUCAGCGUGCGGUGACGAGUUCGAUCCAGAGACCGAGUUGGAAACUUGCCGCUAUCAUCCCGGCGAGUUGUAUGUCGACCUCAAAGAGGACUGGUUCAACUCCACAGGCUUGGAUCCCCGCGAUAAAUAUGAUCGGUUGCGCAUGGAUGACGAGCUGUACCGUGACGAGGAAUUUCCGGAUGGAUUAUCAUGGAGCUGCUGCGGUUACGACCGUUGGGGCAAGGGCUGUGAAAUGCAGAGUCAUGUGCCUUACUAUUUCUAA